GCAAUUGCGUAGAGUAUUAGGAUGAGACCAGUGGACAUUUCAUUCGACGGAGAAAUGGCGCAGACUUCGACUUCGAGUUUAGUCGAACAGGAGGCGAAGAAAUUAAUCCAGAAGUUGACAAGCUUCAAAGAUUCUAAUGAUGAGAACUUCCGUCGGUCCUUACAGUUUGCUCUGUCAAACUUCAAGUUCCACCGAUAUCUGGAUGUUGACAGUCACAAGAUUACCAGAAAGCUCCAAGGCCUCUUUCAGAAAUUUGAGAUCCAUUCCCAGCUAGAGAAAGCAGUGUCCCUGCGGAAGUUGACCGACAAGUUCCUGCAGCUCCCCCUGUCACCAAAAAGCCGAGAUGCAAAGACGGAUUUGCACUAUUCUGUGUUAUCAGUCCUGUUGAAUCUAUCAGACAGUCCAGUAAAUGCGACAUAUACCGAGACACAGCAUGUGCCCAAACAAAGAGAGGAAGACAAGUUUGACUGGGGUGCAUUCCUUCAAGAAGGACUGGCCCCUAUCCCUAGCUUCCAAGAUUCCUCAUCUGAUGAAUGGUCAGAAGAGGAAGUCCUGGAUGACUCUGCAAUUCAAGCUGACCAAUCAGAAACCAGUCCCGCGGCUCUGCAGCAUCCGAUUGGACACGCUGUCUCUGGGCACCCAAUCAGGAGCCAGGGUUUCGGAGAGGGACAUCGAGGGCGAAGCUGGCUUGCAAGGAAUGUCAUCGUGCAGUACUGGGAAGGGGACAGGGACAGCGCCCUCCAGGGUUUGCACAGUGCAGCCUCCUUGGCCAGCACAUGGCGAGCUUACGAGCAGCAGCGAGACCCCUUUGCCCCAGCAGGCGAGAGGUACACUUUGACAGAGACGCACAUCAUCCGGGAGACAAUCUGGGUGUUGAUGGGUGCAGAAACCUCCUUUGUUUAUCAACUCCACGACAGCAAGUUCACAUCCAGGCAAGACAUCCAGGUGUCACACCUCACCCCGAAAGCUCUGCAUGAGUUUACAUCAAAACUUGCAGAGACAUGCACAAAUGCCUGGACAUUGCAAUCAUUUGUGGACUCUAUCAGGGCAGCACCAAUGAGUUAUAUCAAAGCCAAAGAUGACCCGACAAGAGGACAGACUUUUGAGAGCUUUGCCGAGGCAUUGUCUGUAAUGUUGUGGGAGUUCCGCAAAGAGCUCACAGCUUGGGAGAGAGACAUUGCGAAACAAGAAACGAGCUUGACCUUGUCCAAGUUUGCCGCUGACCUGGAGCCAUGGGCGAAGAGACUGGCCCUGCUGGAACUGGUCUACCAAGCGGGGACGGCCCGGAACGAACCCGCAAGCUGCGCGCAGAGCACCUGGCUCCUACUGACAGCGCUCCAGGGGACCAUCGAGGCAGAAUACGAGCAAGGGACACACAGGGAAGAAAAUGUAUUGAUAUUACUACGGGUGUGGUUGGGGACGAUCCGACCCUACAUUCACUUCCUGGACAAUUGGCUGUCUGGGUACCCAUUGUGUGACCCAGCACAGGAGUUUGUCAUUCAAAGAAAUCCAGAAAUAACGGUCAAGUCCCCAGAUUUUUGGGAGAAGGCCUUCACCCUCCACCAUUUCACACCUCCAAGUAAACAUGGUACCACCCAGCUCCCCCAGUCAGGUGCACAGCCGUCUGGACCAGACCAAAGACAGAAGGAGGGGAGAGUCAGUGCAGGGCACUUGGAAAGGGUGGCAGUGCCCUCAUUUCUGCAGCCUGUCUUGAGGCAGAUUCUCCUGGCUGGCAAAUGCAUGGAGCUUCUGGAAAGUAUGGGACAACUGUCUCUGGUCUGGAGGAAAUAUCAUCCGGAGAAGAGUACCGUUUAUGACGACUUCUCUGAGUCUGUCAAGAAACUUCUCUGCCCCCGUUCGUCAGACCUGGCUGGUGAGAAGACUGACACAUCACAUCCCCAGCCAAGCAGGAAUACAUCAUCGGCUAUUGUCUCCUUGACAGAGCUUCAGAACCUUGGCAUCCGAGACCCCCUGAUGGCGCACAACUUCCGAGACCUGUUCACUGAGCUGGAGUACUUCAGCACGGAGCCUUGCGCCGACAAUGAAAGUUGGUCUUCGCUGCCAGAUUUCAGUUCCGCUCUCACAAGCCACAUGAAGCCCCUAACACUGAUACUACACAGAUGUCUGUAUCCACUUCUGAUGGCCAAGUGCCAAACCAUCUGCAAGGAGCUGGUGGUAGCCUUGAAGAAAGACUACCACCUGACGGAAACAUUUGCCUCCAUGAGGAGAUAUUACCUGUGCGAGGCGGGUGACACCAUGUUUGACUUCCUGUCAGACCUGUUUGACAAGCUGAGAUUGUGUCAACACAAGAGCCAAUGGCAGGACACGCUGUACCUCAACUACCAGCUGCAGACUGCUGUCGCUGCCGGGUAUCCAAGCGAUGCAGAUAGAUUGACAGUGAGCUUUGAACCAGUAAAUGUGCCUUCUACUGUCUCUAUCCAGCCAAUCCAUGCAUUGGAUGGCCUAACACUUCACUACAAGGUUCCCUGGCCACUAGACAUCAUCAUCAAUGCCAAGACCAUCACAGCCUACAAUCAGGUCUUUCGGUUUCUACUCCAGGUGAAGCGGGCAAAAUACUGUCUGGAGCAGCUCCGAUUUAGCUCCAUCAUUCGCUCUUCAUUCCCAGCAGCCACCACAACGGAUCCUAAGGACAAGCCAGAGGUCAGAGGUGACUCCACACCAUCUGCCCGACCUCAACCCCUCCACAAAGCACAGCUCCUACACCGUGUGUUCCUGCUGCGAUUUAAGCUGAUCCACUUUGUGAAUGCAGUCCAUAGCUAUCUUAUGUCAAGAAUUCUGCACAGCACCGGGUUGGAGUUCCAGGCGGACAUCGAAAGAGCCCCCGACCUAGAAGCCAUUGUGGAGCUCCACACUACCUACCUGGCCAAGGUUUCUGAACGCUGCCUACUGCACAAGAAGGUGGGCCUGGUGAGGGAGGCUGUACUCAAGGCACUGAACCUGGCCUUGGUGUUCCAGAGGCGAUGGGAUGCUGGACUUUCAGCUUUCAAUGCAGAGAGGAUCGACCAGAUGCUGAGCGAGUUCAACAAGUGUAGCGUGUUCCUCUUGACAAUGCUGGACAACAUCAACAAGCGGGGAGCAUUUCCUCACUUGGAAGCCCUUGCCUUGUCCCUCACCCAAUCGCACGAGGAGUCAUCCAGCACAGGAUUGGAAGAGGCACAACAAACCUCUUGACCCAACAAGGUGGAAUGCCACAGCACACAGCCUGUCCGCCUGAAUGUCUAUAUCGGUAGCUGUUUAAAAGUUCCUGGUGCAUGUCAGGCUUGUAAAAUUCCAUUGACAUCACAAGGGGCAUGUGAAACAGUCUUUAUUUUUCCUGUCACCAGUCUCAAUAAUAAAUGCAAAAUAAUCCAACCUUUACUUAUUAAGAGUUGAACAUCAAUCCAGAACCAUUUUGUUGCUUUUGGUUUUACCUAUUUCAGUCUCAGUACAUCACGUAAUGCCUAAUUUCUCCAAAGUUUGGUUCUGACAAGUUGUCCUACAUUUUUGGAUAUUUUAGCCAAAUUGAAGCUCUAUGUAAAAUUCAUAUUUGCAUGUAAACUGGUUGUGUCCAAGUAUGUAUAUAUUUUGUAUGUUUGAAAAAGAAUUUAAAUAAACGACACAAAUUUGUAACUGGAUAUUUUUUUAUUUUCUAUUAAUUUUCCUUUUCCACUUAACAUCAACAACCUGAUAAUCUUUUCAACAUAAAAAAAUAAGAUUUUUAGAGCUUUGAUGGUGUUAAAAAUAGUGAAAUUAAUAUCUGAGUGGAGUCACUUACAUAAUAAAGGAAAUUUAUAAUGGCA